AUGGACUCGGACGAGACCGGGUUCGAGCACUCAGGACUGUGGGUUCCUGUGCUGGCUGGUCUUCUGCUGGGAGCCUGCCAGGCACACCCCAUCCCUGACUCCAGUCCUCUCCUGCAAUUCGGGGGCCAAGUCCGGCAGCGGUACCUCUACACAGAUGAUGCCCAGCAGACAGAAGCCCACCUGGAGAUCAGGGAGGAUGGGACGGUGGGGGGCGCUGCUGACCAGAGCCCUGAAAGUCUCCUGCAGCUGAAAGCCUUGAAGCCGGGAGUUAUUCAAAUCUUGGGAGUCAAGACAUCCAGGUUCCUAUGCCAGAGGCCAGAUGGGGCCCUGUAUGGAUCGCUCCACUUUGACCCUGAGGCCUGCAGCUUCCGGGAGCUGCUUCUUGAGGACGGAUACAAUGUUUACCAGUCCGAGGCCCAUGGCCUCCCGCUGCACCUGCCGGGGAACAAGUCCCCACACCGGGACCCUGCACCCCGAGGACCAGCUCGCUUCCUGCCACUACCAGGCCUGCCCCCUGCACCCCCAGAGCCGCCCGGAAUCCUGGCCCCCCAGCCCCCCGAUGUGGGCUCCUCGGACCCUCUGAGCAUGGUGGGACCUUCCCAGGGCCGAAGCCCCAGCUACGCUUCCUGA